GGUACAUAUGCAUGUUAUUAAGAAGCGAGUAUAUAACAAAGCGACGGCGAAGAGAGCGUGACAAUCAGGAAAACGUGGGACGGCGGAGACGAACAGUUUUCCUCCGAGGAGGUUUUCCAGAAGCGAGUCAGACGCGUCUGCAGGAAAAAUGGACGUAUUCAAUCCCAUACCGGUCCCGUGUCAGGAUCCAUUCUUAGGUGGACUUUCAAUAGCCGAUGCCUGUCCCGCGAGUCCCAUUACUUAUCUACUCGCUACGUUGAACAUGAUGGCUGCUUAUAGCCCAGCUAUCAACGACCCGUGCAACCAUAUUAAACUUACUUUGAGACCGAGCGGCACUUAUGAUUUCAUCGUCGUCGGAGCUGGAGCAGCCGGACCGAUCGUGGCCGCCCGAUUGAGCGAAAUCACGAAAUGGUCAGUGCUCCUCCUGGAAGCUGGACCAGACGAGGCACCCGGCAUGCAAAUACCGAGCAAUCUUGGACUCUAUCUCAACACGAAUAUGGAUUGGAAGUACAAGACCAACAACGAGAAAAACGCUUGCUUAGAAACCGGCGGCAGGUGUAGUUGGCCGAGGGGCAAGAAUCUCGGCGGAUGCACCUCUCAUCACGGUAUGGCUUACCAUCGUGGCCACCAGAAGGAUUACACGAGAUGGGUGAAAAUGGGAGCCACGGGAUGGUCGUGGCAGGAAGUAUUGCCGUACUUCAAAAAGUCAGAAAACAACAAGGACAUCGGGCGUUUUGUUAGCAAGGAACAUCACGGCUUCGGAGGCCCGCUGAUAGUCGAAAGAUUCCCCUGGCAGCCGCCAUUCGCCAUGGACGUUCUCGUCGCGGCGGACGAGGUGAAACUUGGCACCACCAACGACAUGGUGGGCGAGAAGAUCACGGGCUUCACCAUAGCUCAAACCAUCAGCAACAAGGGCGUCAGGCUCAGCUCGUCCAGAGCCUACCUGUGGCCGGCCCGGAACCGUAAAAAUCUACACGUAACUGUGAACGCGACCGUGACGAGAAUCAUUACGAAGGCUGACGGGAAGAACAGGAAGGCCAGCGGAGUCGAGUUCAUUAUAAAUGGGAAAAGGCACAAAGCAACCGCGAGGAAAGAAGUGAUUCUCACGGCCGGCGCCAUAAAUUCGCCUCAGCUUCUACUACUAUCGGGUAUCGGGCCGAAGGCGCACUUGAACGAAAUGAAGAUUCAAACAGUCGUCGAGCUACCGGGUGUCGGCAAGAACCUCCACAAUCACGCAUCCUACGGCAUGGACUUCGUUCUAAAUCAGCCGGCAGUGGAAGAACUGAAUUCGAUUAACAUCUAUUCGUAUAUGUACAAUCAAACCGGCCCGCUUGCGUCCACAGGUCUGGCUCAACUCACCGCGAUUCUCAAGUCUUCCUACACCACCGACGACGAUCCGGACAUCCAGAUCUUCUUCGCCGGUUAUCAAGCCAUUUGCGAUAUGGAGGGAAAAAUACCGGACUUGCAGACGCGGAGCAACCAGACCAUCAGGAUGACGUCCGUAAAUCUUCAAACACGUAGCAGAGGCUGGAUCAUGUUGGAUUCUAAGGACCCCAUGAAGCCUCCGAACAUCUGGAGUAACGAACUGUCAAAACCACGAGACAGGGACAUUAUUUACCAAGGUAUCAAAAAGAUCCUGGAUCUAUCGAAGGCGUCAACGUUAAACAAGUACGGUUUGAAACUGAUCGUAAACACUGCUGAAAAAUGCAAGAAAUUCGGCAAACCGGUGGCAUCGAAUAAGGAUUAUUGGGACUGCCAAAUUCGCCAGAAGACGAGACCCGAAAAUCACCAGGCUGGUACAUGCAAGAUGGGCGCGACCAACGACGACUUGGCCGUCGUUGAUCCGAAACUGAAGGUUCGCUAUAUGACAGGAUUGAGAGUAGCCGACGCGUCCGUUAUGCCGCAGGUCGUGUCCGGCAAUCCUGUCGCUACGAUCCACAUGAUCGCCGAGAGAGUCGCCGAUUUCAUCAAGGAGGAGUAUGGAGUGCUCGGAAUGCUCGAACGUUGAGCGAUCGAGCCAGAUAAAAUGUUAUCGCGACGGCGUCCGACCUUUUUACACGCCGGAGAAAAUUAGGAGUGCGAUCAAUUUCUGUUCCCGGCGGAGAGAAUUUGUGUAGACGACGACUUCGUGAAGUAAUUCAAUAAAGACGCGUAGCACGGUCUC